AUGGGUAGACCAAGAAAAGAAGUUAGUGAGGAGAAUUUGGAACGUUUUCAAAAGGAAUUGGAAUUGGCCGGUGAUAACGUCGAUCUGUUGUUACAGGACAAGAAGGGACGUUCCAAAUCAUGCUUGUUAUGUAGAAGAAGAAAGCAGAGAUGUGAUCAUAAAUUACCAAGUUGUACGGCCUGUUUGAAAGCUGGCGUGAAAUGUGUUCAACCAGCCAGGUAUAGUAACAAUGCUGCACCUAUAAAACAAGAGACUCCUUUAUCCGAUAACAACACAUCGAUAACGACGGCAAGACGAAAUACAAAGACCUUACCCAUUCAUCUACCUUUGCCCAGCUCUAACCCUACUGCCAUAAACACCACUACUGCUAAUAGUAAUACCCCAAAUACAUUACCACUUUCACUUCCACUCCCCAUCCCUAAUCCCAUUACAAAUUUACCCCUACAACAUCAACAGCAACAACCGGAUGCAACAACUAUCAUACCCCUUCCACCUCGUUCAGUAAACCGGAAAUCAAAAUCUUCUGGUUCAAUUGUAAAUACAAAUAAAGAUGAAUAUCAAAUUUUUUUAGAGAAAAAAUUAAGUUAUUUAGAAAAAAUGCUGGAUUUACCCAUUGGAGGUUCUGUAUUUAAUAGAAAACUGACUCAAUAUAAAAAAUUUACUCACCUGCUAGGUGAAAUGGAUGACGAUUUAGAAGAUCUGCUUCAAGAUCAAGAUUUGCAAAAGACAAAAAGAAAUUUACAUAAUUUGAAAAAUUUCGGAAAUGGUUCUAAAAACAUUUUGCCCCCCCCACCACCUCCAAGAUCAGAUUUUAUUAAGCAUCAAUAUCAAUUAUCACCAAUAAAUAAUAAUACAUCAUCCAAAAAUAAUGGUCAUCAUCUAAUAAACUCUUCCAAAGUUCAUAAUUCAUCUCCAACUCCACCUCCGUCAUCAGCAUCUUCAACAAAUAUUCAUAGCGAUAUCCCUGCUUUAAAGACAGAUUCAAUGGAUUCCAUCAAUUUCUCCAAUUGUAUUUUUGCUAAAUAUAAUUUGCAAGAAUUUUUCAAUUAUGACCCUGCUUUUGAAUUUAAUGAAGAAUUAUCAAGAUUAUUUUUAAAUACUUAUUUCACUCGUCUUCAAUUUAAAUAUCCUGUAUUAGAUGAAAAUGAAAUUUAUUCAUUCCAUGAAAAUUAUAUCAAUAAUAAAAUACAUUCCUUCUCAAAUAAUGAUUUCCAUUUCAAUUAUGGUAAAAUGUGGUUAAUAUUUAGUAUCUCAGCUUAUUUACAUAUGACUACAGGUAAAUAUAACGGAUUACCACCUGUCCGUUAUUUUUCUACUGCUGUACGUCAUAUUACAAGAUGUAGUAAUAAUCUUACAGAUUUACAAAAAGUAGAACUAUUAGCUUUAUUAGUCCUUUAUAUCAUGAAAACUGAUCAAGAUUCUUUAUUAUUAUAUGAUAUCAUUAAAGAUGUCAUGCAAAUUGCUCAAUUCAAUUUAAAAUUAAAUAAAUACAAUCCAAACAAUCCAAAUAAGUUUAGACAAAUUAGAAUCUUUUGGUCACUUUAUUUAUUAGAAAGAACUAUUUGUGUGGCAGUGGGGAAAUCUUAUAUUAUCUCUGAAAAAGAUAUUGAUUUACCAUAUUUCGAUAUUAAUUCUUUUAAUACAAGAAAAAUUACUUCACCAGCUACAAAUAAUACUAAAACUUUUGAAGAAAAUAAUAAAAACCAUAGCAAUAAUAAUAGCAAUAGUAAUAGCAAUAAUAAUAAUACCGACAAUAAUGACACUCACUUAGUUCAUUUCAUAAAUCAAUCAUUAAGAUUAAGAAGAUUAGAAUCUGCUUUCACCGAACAAUUAGAUUUAUUACCACAGAAAUUUAAAUCAAAAGAUAUAUUGAAAAAUGAAUUACCAAUGGUUAAAAAAUAUUUCCAUGAUCUUGAAAUUUGGAGAUCAAAUUGUUUAAUUUCUUCUGUAAAAAAUUUUGAAAAUGAAAAUUUAAAAUUAUAUUAUUAUAGAGCAGUAAGAUUAUUAUUACAACCUUAUUUAGAAAUCUUAUCUCCAGAAGAUAAAUUAUUUAGAGAAUGCCAAGCUGCCGCAGGUCAAAUUUGUCAAUUAUACAAGACUUUCCAUAGAAUGACAGCAAGUGGUAAUUCAAGCACUGCUAUUCAUACCGUCUUUGUAGCUGGUGUUACUUUGAUUUAUUGUAUGUGGCUUGCAAGAAACAUGGAUGACGAAAGACGUAAGAAAUUGGGUGAUAUUUCAAAACAUACAAGACCUCAUAUUAGUGCAAGUCUUUUUGUAACAAUGGAUGAUUUAAAGGCUUGUUCGAUUUGCCUAUAUGUAAUGACAGAAAGGUCAAAAUUUGCAAGAACUUUUAGAGAUACUUACGAUCAAUUGAUGAAUGCAACAAUUGGGAACUUAAUUGAAAGAUGUGGCCCAGAUUCUUCAGAAUUAAUUUAUAUGACAAACUUUAAAAAGGAUAAAUAUAAGAAUAAAAAUUCUCAUUCUAAUUCAAAUUCAAUUCCAAAUUCUACAACAAAUUCCAAUACUACUACUCCAUCUUCAAAUUCAAGUCCCAAUUCGAAUAUAAAUUCUAUUGUAAAUACUCCUCUACCAGAACAUUCCGCAUCCUUGAGUAAUUUAAAUGAAACAACUACGAAUACAGAAAGGAACUUGUCUUUAAAUACUAGUCCCUCCAAUAGUGCUAGUCUAUCAAAUGAAAAACAAUUUUCAACAAAAUUGCCUCAUUUAGUUAAUCAAAAUAUUAGUAAUUCAAGUAUUUCUAAUUUUAAGAAUAUUAGCACAAUGGGUAUGCCACCUGCCAUUGAAAGAGUCUUUGGUAAAAAUUGUAUGGAUGACCAUGUUGCAUUUGUAGAAAAUUCACAAGUAGAUCUUCAAGAACAAAAAUACUUUAAAAAGAAACAGAAUGCCUUGGCUAAAAGUGUGCUACCUAAAAGUUUAUCAAAUCUAUUAAGUACAACAACUUCUUCAUCUGCUACUAGUAGCAGUAAUAAUACUAGUUCACAAAGUGACAAUACUGAUAAUGAGACUUUGACAAAUAAUCAAUCCACAAAUAUUGUCAAAUCCUCCAACAAUAAUAAUAACAUUGGGGAAACUAAGAGGAAUCAUGAUGAAGAAGACUUACAGCAUGAAGCUGAUAAUGAAUUAGAAACUUUAAAUGAAAAGAUUAUUCCCAAAAAGAAAAAAAGGAAAAUCAGUAAUAAGUCUUCACCAAAUAAUGAAAAUGAAAACCACUUUAUCGUAAAAAAACCAAAUAUCAAUCAGUUUGAUUGGAAGACAUUUCAAGAACAAGCUUACCUACAACAACAUUUUGCAAGACAGAAUUUGCAAGCUUAUUUAUCGUCACUGGCUCAAUAUACAAAUUCUGAAAACGUUACUCCAUAUUUGGCUAAAUCUCAAGCAAUACCUACGAACUCCUCUCAAACCAAUAUUGCUGCGAACUCUUCUCAGAAUAAUUUAGCCACGUACUCAAAUAAUAAUAUUAAAAUAUCUAAUAAUAAUCCAGCUCCAAUAAGAAAUUUAUCAUCAGGAAAUAAUACUACCAUGCCUUAUAUUAUCCCAAAGAUUCCAAAUGCAUUUUCUCACUUAUCAAAUUUUGAUUCUACAACAAAAACAAAUAUUCAGCAAUCGAAUAUAUCGACUCAUUCUCAACAAAGUCCAAAUAGCUUUUCUAAUUCUACAAAUAAGGACAAUUCAAAUACUUCAGCAGAUAUAACUCCAAAAAAUUCUAUUAGUAUUUCGAGUCAGGAUCAACAACAAUUAAGCAAUGGUCUAGCUCAAUCACAAAUUUCAAGACAACAAAGUUUUACUAAUAGUAACAGCAAUAGUUUGUUUAAUACUUCAACAAAUUCCCCAAUUGAUAAAGAUCCAAAUUCUAAGUCAAGCCAAUUACAACCAAUAAUGACAAAAUCCAGUUUUAUACGACCAUCAACUUCUAUUUCAUCAAUUCAAAAGGCAAACUCUUUUAAUGCAGAUAUUUUAACUGGCAAUAUUUUAUUAAGUAAUGGUGCCCAUGGCAUGAUAAAUAACAUUUCUUCUUGGACUACAGAUUCUCUGAUUACAAAUAAUACAUCUAAUUUCAAUAUUGAUGAUAACUCUUCAUUCUCGGAUCCUUCAAUUCAGUUGAACCAAGUUCAACCUAUAAACCACAAUAACCAACAACCCUCACAAACAAUUUAUGGUAAUCAUAAUUCCCCACAGGCUCCGAAUGGAAAUCCAAAUCAACAAUAUUUUAGUUCUCAGCCUCCAGCACAGCAUCAGAUUCCUCAAAUGAACCAAAAUUUUAUGAACAAUUAUCCCACCAAUACCAACCCCAAUAAUAAUAUCAGCAAUGAUAUUAAUAGCAGCAUCAAUAAUACUAUCAAUAAUAGCAUCAAUAAUACUAUCAAUACUAGCAUCAAUAAUACUAUCAAUACUAGCAUCAAUAAUAGCCAUGGCAGGCUAAUAAAUAAUGAUUUAUUUGCUCAACAGAUAAAUCCUGAUGGUGCGGUGAAGAAGCCAGUAUCAUUUAAUAUCAACUCAUCAUGGGAAGCCCCAAUUGCAACACCUAUUGAAGAAACUUGGAUAUCUAAUGAAGAUUAUGGAUUUUUGACAUAA